AAGAGACAGUUGUCAGAGCUGAAAUGGGAUUCAGCUAGAACAGGAAUCUUAGGUUUUAAACUGUGCCAUUUGCUUCUCCUGGAGGCAGUAGUUACUUUAGUCGAUUAAAACUAAGAAAAACUGAAGCCUAAUUAGAUAUUGUCUUUGAUUCCAGGAAAUAAGAAAGUAUAGUCUCUGGGAAAGCAAAAGAAGAGCUUUACCGUUAACACAGGCACUUAAAGUUAGACGUACCUCUUUCUGUUGUGUUCUUAAAGGGUUGGAAGUAGAGAAUGGGAAACAGCCUUGAGCUGGGUUGAUUGUUACAGCCACAUUUUUAGUUCCUCCUCUGUGCUUCAGGCUAUUUAUUCUCACUGGAAGCUUUCUGAGUUGUAGAAAGAACUUUUUUACAAAUCCAGAAUGUUGUUCAUAUUCCCUGGGUGAAUUUGUGUUCCUCAUUUGUGCCUGAUUCUUGUUAUUUAUGUGUGGCCCUCUUAGCGCUUUAGUUGCACAGCCUCAGUUAAUCUAAUUAUCCUUAGGAAGGACUGAAGUUUCAGUCAUUUUCAGAGACAUGGAAAUUUAGGGCCCUUCUUGUAAAGAAAUUUUAUCUGGGUUCGACUUGCUCUGCAAAGUUUCAUUGUUCACAGAACAACCGAUUGCAGUAUUUCUAUGAACUACAUGAAGUCUUCAUCCUGCUGGGUUUUAAUUAAAUACAAAAUUACCCAAAGCUACAUUUGCCUUUAUAAGAAGUAUUUUGUAAUAUGUUUCAAGUUGGAUGUCCUGGCUCCAGCUGCUGCCACAGAUGCUUUGUGCAGAGAUGUGCUUUCUUCUGGUGUGCAUAAAAUUGUCUAUAUUAGUGAAAAAAUUACUUUGCAAAACGCAGAUCCCUGCGGCAGGGUUGUGUUAAUGGCACAAGUAUCUAUCAAGGCAGUUUAAUGAUGCUCAGUGUUGCAUCGCUGUUUCUGUUAAUCUGUGGGGAAAAUCACUGCUGUUUUGUUUUCCUUCCGUAGUGGCAUAUUGAAGCUGAUAAUUUAGGUUGGAAGGGACCUCUGGCGGUCAUAAGGUCCAACGUGCUGCUCAAAGCAUGCUCAACUAGACCAGGUAUAUACUUACUGAGGUGCAAGAUGUCUGCCCUGAGGUUGACUUCUAACAGAACCUCCCAGCAGGCCGUGUCAAACUCUGAUUACACCUGGGACUAUGAGUACUAUGAGUAUGGACCAGUGUCGUUUGAAGGCCUGAAGGCUCAUAAAUAUUCCAUUGUGAUUGGAUUUUGGGUUGGUCUUGCAGUUUUUGUUAUCUUCAUGUUUUUUGUCCUGACCCUGCUGACGAAGACGGGAGCACCACAUCAAGACAGUGCAGAACCUUCUGGAAAACGAUUUCGCAUGAACAGCUUUGUGGCAGAUUUUGGAAGGCCUCUGGAGUCAGAGAGGGUCUUUUCUCGUCAAAUAGCUGAAGAAUCACAGUCACUUUUCCAUUUCUGUAUUAAUGAAGUGGAACAUUUGGACAAAGCAAAACAAAAUCAGAAAGGUCCAGGUCUGGAGAGUAAUACCCACUUCCAGGAAGCUCCCAGGAGCAGCUGUAUGUUUGAGGAAGACCUACAUUGUCUUACAAAAUUUAACAUUCCUAACUUUGUGAAUGUUGAGCAGAACUCUUCACUAGGUGAGGAUGAUCUCCUCAUCUCAGAGGCACCAGUCAUUUCAGACAGCAGAUCAGUCAUGCAAUCAUCCCAUCGGAUCCUUGACUAAAAUGCCUUUUACUUUAAGGUAAACAUUCCUGUUACUCUCCAGUUUGAAGCCUUUCAUGGACUUCUGGUAUUAUGAUAGAAGGUAUUUCAGAUCUGUGCUUUCUACUGUAUGUAAGACUGGCUGUGCUCACCCAACUCAGUUUAGAUAAGAAGUAAACCACUUGAAGCUUUA